ACAGCAACAUUCUUCAACAUACUACGUGACUUUGCAGUUUUCAACAUAGCAUAAAUCAAGACCUUCGAGUUUGUCUAUGUGAUUAGAGAUCUACAAUUAGGCUAGUAGUGUAGAUUUAUUUACGUUAGUGUGAAAAAUGGCAACAUCAAAAACCAGAAAUGUUCCUAGAAAUCGACCAAAGAAACCGUCAAAGAGAACUGGAAUGAGCUGUUUAUCCUGGUUGAUAUGGGCCGUUCAUUGGGUGGUUGACUGUGUAGUGGAUUUUAUCUAUCAGUUCAUUUAUGAUGAUUCAAAUCGCAAAUUCAUUGCCCCUAUCAGACACCCAUUUUUGGUUGAAAGUGCCACGUCACUGGCUGAAAAAAUUAGAAAGAAAGAGCUGUCGUCAGAGAAGCUUGUCAAGAGCUGCAUAGAGCGAAUGGAGGAGAUAAAUGCAGACCUGAACUGCAUCGUAGACUCUAGGUUCAAAGAGGCACUGGAUGAAGCCAGGAAGGUGGAUGAGUUUCUUGCUACCACAACAAUGUCCGUGGACGAGUUAAAGCAGAACAAACCUUUCUUAGGGGUUCCGUUCACUUCUAAGGAAAGCACACAUGCCAGCGGUAUGAACAACACGUACGGUAUGCUCUCUCGUAAGGGGUCCAAAGCCAAGGAUGACGCAGACAUAGUGGCUCGUGUAAAGGAGAGUGGUGCGAUAUUGUUGGCUGUUACUAACGUCCCGGAGCUAAACCUGUGGCAGGAGACUCGUAAUAAUCUCUACGGACAGACCAACAACCCUUACAAUGUUCACAGGACUGUUGGCGGCUCUUCUGGCGGAGAGGCCGCAGCAAUUGCCGCUUGUGCUUCUCCUUUUGGGAUCGGAACAGACAUUGGAGGAUCAGCUAGAAUGCCAGGUUACUUUUGUGGAAUAUACGGACACAAACCAACAACAGGCCUAAUCAGCACCAAGGGCAUGACGUGGCGUACAGGGGAGGAGAAAGUUCCCACCAUGGUGUCUGCUGGUACCAUGACAAGGUAUGCUGAUGACAUCACACCUUUCCUGAAACUGCUGCUGGGGGAUAACGUCAAUCAGCUGAAACUGGACACUAAGGUGGAGAUGAAGGACGUGAAGGUGUGUUAUGUCGAUGAGCCCGGAGACCUGAGAGUGAGCAGUGUUAGUGCAGAGAUCAAGGGGUUGAUGCUACAAGCAGUCUCACACUUGGAGGAACAAACCGGAUCUCCUGCUAAACUGUUGAACCUGCCAGGUUUCCGUUACUGCUACACCCUGUGGCGCUACUGGAUGAGCAAGGAACCAGGCAACUUUGCUUUUGAUCUGGGAAACAGAAAGCAUGAAGUGAACGUUCUGAUGGAACUGCCCAAGUUUGUCCUGGGCAAGUCAGAGUUCACAUUGCCAGCUCUACUGAAGCUGCUGGAGAUGACAGUGUUCCCUGCAGUACCUGCUAAGUGGGCCGAGGAGCAGACGGAGAAACUGAGAAACUCACUCAUUGAGGAGCUAGGGUCCAAUGGAGUGCUGCUGUUCCCGAGCCAUCCAACUCCUGCCACGCACCACUGCGUGCCUUUCUUCAGGCCAUACAACUUUGCCUACUGGGCCAUCAUCAACGUGCUGCGCUUCCCAGCAACCCAGGUGCCUCUGGGACUGUCCAAGAACGGCCUUCCUCUGGGUCUGCAGGUUGUCGCAGCUCCAUACAAUGAUCACCUGUGUAUCUCUGUUGCUCAGGAGCUAGAGAGAGGGUUUGGUGGUUUUGUGCCGCCCUGUGUUGUCAACCACUAGUGCUACAGAGUAUCUAUAAGUUACAAUCUACUUCGGGUAUUUGGUUUAAUGGCUGUGGACUUAAGUAUAGGCAGUAUUAUUAAUAUUGUUCUUCUUACAUCAUAAUGAUCAAAAACAUGAACAAACUCUCGUUUAUCUUUGAUAUGAUAUGUUUCAGGCAAUAAGCUUGUACAAACAUGUAAUCAAUGUGAUUUUAAUAAGAUACUCUUAAAAAAUAACAAGCUUAAUUUUUUGAGUUCGCAAUAGAAAAUUAGUUUCUAAAUGAUUUAUUCUUUUGUAAUUCUGUUUUUUUGUUGACUAAACAUAAGUUCCAAGAUUUGGUUUUUUUAUUUGUCUUGUAAGGUUUUAUUUUAUAGUUUCUAAGAUGCCUUCCAUUAUUGUAUAUAUAUGUUUUUUUAAAGCUCAAAUGAUGCUUGUUUUAAUAUAUUUGAUACUGUGCAUCCUAAAAUUAUGUUUUCAAGUGCAUGAAGUCUUAAGCAUGUGUCAGACAAUUUCUAUUUAAUUCAAGCACAAAUAUCAACAAAGCAAUGUACUGUUUUACUGGUUUAUAAACUAAAAUCAAGUGAUACAUUACUUUAUACUUUAAUACUUUUCGAUGAAAUUGUGACCAUACAAAUUAGUUAUUUUAAACCAACUCAAAGUAGAUCAACUUCUUUUAGUUUAUUUAACAUUUUUUACUUUAGAUAUACGUUUAUGACAGUUAGUUAAGAAACGUCCGCUAUAAGAACAAAAGAAAGGAACAAGAAAUAACAAAGCAAACAUAAUUUGUAAAGCCUACUGUGAACAAUACUAUAAUAAGUUUAUACCAAACUGUAGCCGGGAUUAGAUUAUUAGAAAAUAAGAACAAAGAUCAAAUACUCAAGUGUUUUUAAGUGCAUUCCAUUUAAAUUGAGUUAAUAUCUUAGUUAUCACAUAUGUUAUCAUUUUGGAUCAUUUUUGUGUUCAGAUAUAUAUAAGGGUUAUAUUAAUGUUGAUCAAAUAAAAUUUUAUUAUUUCUUAU